AAAACAAACACAAUACAAUCACAGAGAGAGAGAGAGAGAGAGAGCGGGAGCGAGAGAGAUCAAUCAAUACAUCGGGAAGAAGAAGAUAUUAUCCAUAAACACACCAACUCAGGAUUUAUUCAUAGUCAAUCUCUUCAGGUGGUGGUUCACGCGAAUAUGAGUUUAGCUGGCUCUUCCGUUGCUUCUGGUGGUAAAGCUGCCAGAAGGGCAAUUGAGUUUGGUAAAACCUACGUAGUGAGGCCCAAGGGAAAACACCAAGCUACCAUUGUCUGGCUUCAUGGUCUUGGUGAUAAUGGCUCAAGCUGGUCGCAGCUCUUGGAGAUGCUUCCCUUACCAAAUAUUAAAUGGAUAUGUCCAACUGCCCCGACUCGAUCGAUAGCUUUGUUUGGGGGCUUUCCAUCCACUGCAUGGUUUGAUGUGAAAGAUCUUUCAGAAGAUGGCCCGGAUGAUUUAGAGGGCUUGGAUGCUUCGGCCGCACAUGUUGCAUAUUUGUUAUCAACAGAGCCAUCUGACAUUAAGCUUGGUGUAGGAGGGUUCAGUAUGGGAGCGGCCACUGCGCUUUACUCUGCGACCUGCCAUGCAGUGGGAAAAUAUGGGAAUGGAAAUCCUUAUCCAACCAAUUUGAGUGCAGUUGUUGGGCUUAGUGGCUGGCUUCCAUGUUCAAAGACUUUGAAAAGCAAGAUGGAAGAGAAGAAUGCCAGUAAUAGUGGAGCGGGAUCGUUGCCUAUUUUGCUUUGUCAUGGAAAAGUUGAUGAUGUGGUUCUUUAUAAAUUUGGAGAGAAAUCUUCACAGGCAUUACAUUCAGUCGGAUUCCAAGAUGUUAUAUUCAAAUCCUACAACGGACUUGGGCACUACACAGUUCCUGAAGAGAUGGAUGAGGUCUGUGCCUGGUUAACUUCAAAGCUGGGGCUGCUAUAGAGGGAGGGAGGCUCUUCAAUUUGCUCAAUUUGUGAUCAUUGGGAACAAAUUUGGUGUGAUAUUAUUAUUCCUUUUGGAGACCUAUAUUUGAUAUGGUUUUUACCCCAAGAUUUAAAGCCGUUUGGCGAACUGCAGAGAUACCCUGGCAUGAACUUUGGA